GUCGAGAGGGGAGACAAGGGAGAUGGGGAGAGCUCCGAGGAGGGAGAAAUGGAUUUCCCUCCACCUAUAUUCCGAGAGCUGGAGAAGCUUCCUCCGGAAGAGGCGUCCAAGCUGAGGGCCGAGGUCGACCGGCUGCUGCAGUGAGUACAUCCCAAAGUUUUCUGGAGAUUCCAUGGCAACGGCAGAGUCACCUUGAUGUCUCACUGAAGCCUUUGCACACACAGCAAUUUUUUCCACCCUAAAGGAACUAGGUUAAUUUUUUGGAAAUUUAGAACCUCCUCAUCAAAUGAGUCUGUUCCCCCAUGUUCUGGCCAAAUCUAUGUUUCUGUCUAAAACAUUAUUCCUCACUUCGGUUCUCCUCUUUCCUGAAUACUCCCUCCUUCACAUGCUUCUCGGUUUCUCUCUCUGCAAUCUGGCUCCUGAGGCGAAUUUAAAGAGGGUUCCUCCUUUGCUAGUUACUAAUUACCCACCCCCAUCAUUAUUCCCUUGCCAUUUCUUAAUAAAUAAGCUCCAUGCAUGCAGGUAGGUGAAGAUUAAUGGAGCGGGGCUGGUAACAGGAGACCGUGUUUGCAUAACGCUUAAGCAAUAUUUCGGAGCGCGCCUUUAAGAGCAGAUUUAGAGAAUUUAAAAGACAAGCAUUCCCUACAGACACACUUGAUUCUUAAAAACGUGUGAAAGCAUUCGUCAUUAAAAAGGUUUUCAUUUAGUGCUUCAUUUAAUUGAACUUAUAUUUGAAUAUUUGCUGCUUCAAAUGGAGUCUUUUAAGGUAUUGUGCAUUUUCAAGCUUUCACACAGAGUCCGAACGUUAAACUAGGCCUCAUAAACCUUUUACAUGUUUCUUCCCCUCCAGUGAUCCGAAAGGGCUGGACUUUGCUCCCGUGUGCUUUCUCUUAUCUCUUUCUGUCAAUAGGCCUCUAUGCAGCUUCCCUGUGUGUGGAAAAACAUUAAGUCCAAUGUUGUCACUGCCUGUACCUGCUUGACACUUCUAUAGAAACUAUGGUAGCUGUCGCAAUUCUCACGUUCUGUGGAGAAUAUGGAAACAAUAUGCGUUUGGUAUUGAUGGUCACAUGUGCAGGGAGGACCCCUGGCAGGUUGCAAAAAUUGUGAAAAGCUACAUGCAACAGCACAACCUACCUCAGAGAGAGGUGGUAGAGUCCACAGGCCUCAACCAGUCCCAUCUCUCCCAGCACCUCAACAAGGGCACACCCAUGAAGAACCAAAAGAGAGCUGCUCUCUACAGCUGGUACGUCAAGAAGCAGUGCGAGAUCAGCCAGCAAUUUACCAAUGCCAAACAUGGCCUGGCACCAGUGGAGGAACAAGGAGAAGACACCAAAAAAGGACGGAGGAACAGGUUCAAGUGGGGCCCGGCAUCCCUACAGAUCCUCUUCAAUGCCUAUGAACGUCAGAAGAACCCCAGCAAGGAGGAAAGAGAGGGAUUGGUAGAGGAAUGCAACAGAGCUGAGUGCCUCCAGAGAGGGGUGUCCCCUUCCCAGCUUGCUGGUCUGGGUUCAAACCUAGUUACUGAAGUCAGGGUGUACAACUGGUUUGCCAACCGGCGUAAAGAGGAGGCUUUUCGUCACAAGUUGGCCCUUGACACAUCUUUCAACAGCCAGUCAGCUUCCUCUUCUAAUGCCACCCUUGCAACAAGUCCUGAGCAUGGUGUGAAGUACAGCCAGCAAAUCUCCUGUGACACCGGGAGCACAGCAAGAAGCAGCAUAGGGGACCAUGUGGGACGUCUCGUGAUCAGCCCUGUGCAACUAGAACCCAGCCAUACACUCCUCGAGUCUCAUAACCCCAAGCUGGUGUCUGGCAGUGGACCACUGCCCCCAGUAAGCACUCUGACAUCCCUGCACAGUCUUUCUGCGUCUCCGGCCUCCUCACAGAGCCUCAUCAUGGCCUCAGUGCCCAGCCUCAUGAGUCUGGGCGAGUCCUCGCUUCUAAUAGGUUUGGCCCCUACGCAAUCACAGACCGUCCCUGUCAUUAACAACAUGGGGGCGGGUUUCACCACUCUCCAGCCAAUUUCAUUCCAGCAGCAGCUUCACACACCCCACCAGCAGGCAAUACAACAGCAGCUUCAGGGUCACAUGGCUGCCAGUCCGUUCAUGGCAACCAUGACACAGCUGCCAUGUCACAUGUACAAGUCAGAGUCGCCUCAGUACCAUUCGUCCAGUUUGCUGUCUCAAGCCAUGGUCAUCACUGACAGCAGCAGUCUGGGGACCCUGACCAGCCUCGCUGCGGUCCGACAGAUCCUCACAGCAGAUCCUGAGGAAGAGACGGACUCCCCUUUGCAGGAAGAUUCUUUACACCUGCAGCCACACACACCUGUACCAGCGUCUUCUGAGAGCCUCGAGCUGUAUCCUUCCUCCCAGACGACAGAACGCCAUCAGUCUCACCUCCUCUCCCCUUCACCCACAGACAUCGGCUCCUAUAUGCCUACACAAAUGGUGUCCACAGCCCAGUAACACCUCCCUGGCUAUGUAGCGGCUCCGGCCUGCCAGCUGGACUAAGGAGGUGUGGGGAGGCUCAGCUAACACUGGGAGGAGAACCUGGAGACCGGAACCAGUGAUGUCCGAGAGUAAAAACUGACUUGGCACAACUUUAAGUAGUACCUACAACUGAUAUUAAAGAAGAAAAAAAAAAAAUCACAACUUAAAUAGCAGAAAUAUCUCUCAAGAUCAACACCAAAAAUAUUUUUAUUAAAAUAUUUUGUUUUUCUCGGAAAUUGUGACUUCAGAUGAAACUCGGCAAACAAAUGUUACCUGCAUUGUUUUUAAUUUGCUUUCCUUAAAUGCUUUCUUUCACUUUGGAUGAGAAGUUUAAAAAGAAAUAUGCAUAACUAUCAAGAACGGAUGUAAAGUUAUUUUAUAAACAAACUAGAUGCCUUGUG